AUGGCUAGGUACACACCCACAGCGCGGCGCAGGGAGCGGGCGAUGCCGUACGAGGGAGAGGAGGAGCCCGCCUGCCCGGCCGUCAAGCGGUCUCGUGAGGAUCACCGAGACGCUCCGGCGAUGAAGAGAAGCAGAGCUCUGGAUGCUCCCCGAACGUCGUAUCCGGUGUGGUCGCCAGACAUGAGCCGCUCUCUGCGCCUCCGGAUCCCUUUCAGAGCGGCCUCCCUUCGUUUGAGUCCCAAUCCGCGUCUCGCCCGGAGGCCUUCGCGCCCGCCGUGCUUUCUGAGGGCGACGGCCAAGCCGGAGGUGAGAGAGGAGGGAAUCCUCCUGCGCCCGGAAGAUGGACAGGUUGACGGAGCACGCGUGGGCCACGUUGCGUGCCUCCUCGAGGGUGAGAUCCGCGCGGUCGAUCAGGACCCCGAACACGCCGAAGUAUUGAAGAUGGGAUCCAGCGCUCCGGUGAGCGUCACGUUCUACGAAGAACCCGGAAUGUAUGCGAGCCAAGGAUUGGGACAGUGCGGCUACGGUAGCGAUGUCACCGGAGACACGGAUUUCAACCGUCUCAGCCUGUACCCUCUCCACGUCGCCGCAGGAAAUAUGGAAUUUCUCGGAGGCUGCGGAGCGUGCGGCACGCUGAGCUAUAACGGCAAAGCGCGGUCGUACGUCGUCACGGACGUUACCGACGUCAAGGAUGAUCUCGAUCGCCGAGGCGCCGCCUGGCCCCCGUACGGCAGUCACAUCGACAUGAUGGGAACCGAGUUCGACUUCUUCCAAACCCUCCCCCGCAACGGCGAUCAACUGGACUUCUCGAAGGGGGGUAUCUUCACGGGCAACUGGACCAGAGUACCGUGCGAGACCAUCGGAAGCCCGAACUACCCGGACGGCCCCGGUGGGCGUUACGUCGUCCGGACACAAGCAUUCAAUCGCUGGGCACGCGCGAUCGUUGUAUCCCGUAUGCAUGGAGUUGGCGAAGUCCAAAACAUUGAUUUCAUGUCACGUAACGGUAACUUUUUCCCCGGUCGCAGAGUUGAUGGCUGGGGUGCCUGGUACACUCCCGGUCAGGACUUGAGCGGGUUCGGUGGAGUAGGGUUGAAAAUAACCAUGGUCGAUGGAACCGUCAUCGAAACUCCCGACUAUCCCCUCCCGGACUUUAUGUUCUUGGGCACGGGGAACGUUUAUAUGAUCCAACCCUAA